GCAUGCAGACCACUGGUGCGUCCAGUACCCACAGUGGAGAACAUCACACGAGGUGUGUCGAACAUGCGGGCACACAGUGAUGGCGGCGACGAUGCUGACGAGCGAUUGACGGAGGAUGUGGACGCAGGGGACGACGACGAAGACAUUCUUGUUCCGCCGUUGGGGAAGACGGGUGGAAGGGGUAGAGUACGCAGCAGCGGUGCUGUUCGUGGUCGAUCCGUUGGCCGCGGCGGCAGAGGCUGUGUCAGCGACGAUGCCGGGAAGUCUGUGAUGUACUGGUCUCCGGAGGAACAACUGCAACUAGUGAGAUGCAAGAGGGAGCAAGAGAUGCACCUCGCCGGGUUGGGCCACAACUACGGGCAGAUGCGGACGAAGGACUGCAAGUGGGACGACUUUGCAAAGCGCAUGGCGAGCGCGGGGAAACCGAAAGACGCGGACGACUGCAUGAAGAAGUGGGACAAUCUGUUCCAAAACUACAAGAAGAUACGGUGGUUUCAGAACGCCAGCGGCCGUCCUGAUUUCUUCGGCCUUACGAAUGAGGAAAGGAAGGAGCACAAUUUCAAGUUCCGGAUGGAGAGAGCGCUUUACAACGAGAUCCAUGCUGGCAUGCUGGGCAACCAUACAAUUUUUCCACCGAACAUCGCCAACACAGGAAAUCCUGAUGGGGUGCAGCUUCCCAGGAGAGGAGGUGGCGGUGGUGAGUCGGUUGGUAGUGAGGCUGGUGGUGAAGGCUUCCCCGAGGAACGUUCUUCUGCGCGGGAGUCCGAGAACAACGCAGGCAGCGGGGCUAGAGGCGGCAAGCGGAAGAAUGCACGUCAACAGGCGUUGGAGUCGAUCGCCGAUGUCAUGGAUCGACAUGGCGAGCUGAUGUCGUCGACGAUCGAAUCCUCCAGCAAGCGGCAAUGCAGCAUUUUCACGAGGCAAUGUGACAUACUGGAGCAGGAAGUAGCAGUCUAGAAAGAGGACUACGCGGCGUCCAAUGAAACGCAGAGGACGAU